CCCUUUGGAAAGAAGGAGGAAAAAAAGAAAAAGAAAACUCACACAGGCAAAGGACGGUCAGAAAAGAGCGAGGGAAAGGUUGGGUAGAGAAAAGGAAAGCGAAAAGGCAAAUGAAAAAGGUGGAUACUAAAGCGGGAGCCCGAGAAAAAAUACAGAAACAACCGAUUUAAAUUUUAGACUUACUAGCCAUGCCACUCCACAAAUCGUCCCGGGCCCCUCGCCUGGACCCCACCAUGAUCUCUGCCCCCCUGGGGGACUUUCGCCACACCAUGCACAUCGGCAGGGGAGGCGACGCCUUUGGAGACACCUCCUUCCUCUCCACAUUAGGUCCCAGUCCGACCACUUCAGAGCUGGGGGGUUCUGGGAUCUUGCCAGCCGCCGACCCAGAGGUGGCAGUAAACCACAGCAACCUGCAGAAGGAUGUUCCUGAGAGUACGAAGCUUCAGCGCUCAGAGUCUCUGUCUUCCUUGACCAUGGAUCUCGAUCUGGAUUUUGAUCUGGGUCCGUCUAUUCUCGGGGACGUUUUAGGAGUGAUGGACAGUUUGUCGCUUGGCUCCAAUGGGGAGGACAUGCUGAGCCCAAAGUGCAACACAUCAGUGUUGGAUACAAAGCCAGUCAUGGGCAAUGUUGAGGAGUCAGUGAAUGGGAAUGGUUUGGAGGAAGACAGCAGGAUACCAGACGAGAACGGAUUGAAGUCCAGGGGGUUAAGACCAAAGGUGAGGUUUAGCGACAAGCGGGAGGAGAUCAUUCGCCAGCCAUCUGAAGAGGAGGAGGGUCAAACCUUUAACUUUCACUAUGAUGAGGAUAACCAGCUUGGGUCCCACAGUCCAGUGCGGGGCGACAGCGACAGGAGGAAGAGUCCGGCAGGAGAACCGCAGCUGGUUAACCACAAAGCAGAUUUGCCACCCAGUCCUGCCUCCUCACACAGCUCAGAAUCCGACGGAGUAACCGAACUGGACCGGAGGAGGUCAGAGAGCGGCCACUCAGAGACUGAUUCAGAGGAGGAGGAUGAGGAAGGACGGGGCUACUCGUUUGAAGACGAGUCGGAUGAUGAAAUUGGUCUAUAGGGGACAGGUAUCCACUUUUCAUGCGAACGAUAUGAAUAUACAGUUGAAACCAGAUGUUUACAUAAACAAUAUUAAACCACACAUAACCUUUUUGUUCCUCACUGUCUGAAAUUGAAUCAAACUAAACUUUUUCCUGUUUUGAUAGCAAUAGCUGAUGAUGUCAGCUGAUGACCAGCUAAAGAUUAUGGCUGAAGAUGGUUAAAAAAAGUGUUAUUACAAGGAAAACAGUGUUUUCUUUUUUUUUUUUUUUAUAGGAAGGUUGAAAAACCAAUCAGUGAGGAAGGACCCUUUACCUUAGAGCAUUACACUCACCUAGACUGUAGUUUGUAGAAAAGCUCUCAGGGACAGAGACCUUGUUGUUUUUUUUUUUAAUGAAUGUCUGAUGGUCUGGUGAGACUAAAAGUGAAGUGUUAAGCCUUAACGAACAUUAUCACAUUUGAUGAAAGAAGGGGCAAGCUUGAAGUACGAAGGUGGUAGUAACAUGUUGUUAGAGGGGUUUGCUGGAGGAGGAACUGGUGCUUUUUUU